AACAUCUCCAAAGAGUUGGCGUCGUGCUGGAAACCAGGAGGCUCGCUAGCUCUUUCCAAAAAAAGGCAUAUGAUAAACAGCCAGCUAGCUAGCUAGGUUUUGGUCCUAUCUAGUCACCAUCCAUCUACACCUGCGUUUCAAAUCCCCCCUUUUCAGUAUAAUAUGGUGGUUUCAUCAAGCAAAAACGGACAGGUCCAGAGGUCCAAGAUGACUGAAGAGGUGAUUGUCAUCGCCAAGUUUGACUACCUGGCUCAGCAAGACCAGGAGUUGGACAUUAAGAAGAACGAGCGGCUGUGGCUGCUGGACGACAGUAAGUCCUGGUGGAGGGUCCGCAACGCCACCAACAAGACCGGCUUCGUACCCUCCAACUACGUAGAGAGGAAGAACAGCGCCAGGAAGGCAUCCAUCGUCAAGAACCUCAAAGACACACUAGGCAUCGGGAAGGUGAAGCGGAAAACGGGGAUGCGCGACACGGCCUCGAACGCCGACGCCGACACGUGCUCCGACAAUGGCGAGCGGCUUUACGACCUCAACCUGCCGGCGCUCGUCAAGUUCAGCUACACCGCCGAGCGUGAGGACGAGCUCUCAUUGGUUAAGGGUACACGCGUCAUCGUCAUGGAGAAGUGUAGCGAUGGCUGGUGGCGUGGGGGGUACCAGGGGUGUUCCGGAUGGUUCCCUUCCAACUACGUGACGGAGGACGCAGACGGGACAGCGGGGGGAGGAGGGGGCGACAGUUUGGGGGACCCAAUAGGGUCACUGACUGAGAAGCUAGCAGCAGUGGUUCACAGUGUGUCUAACGGGAACCGGAGACUCCACACGGUGCAGGCGCUGUACCCUUUCAGCUCGGGGAACGACGAGGAGCUGAACUUUGAGAAAGGAGAGGUGAUGGAGGUGGUAGAGAAACCAGACAACGACCCUGAGUGGUGGAAGUGCCGUAAAGCAGAUGGACAGCUGGGACUAGUGCCUAAGAACUACGUCAAUGUGCUGCCUCCCCAGCAGGACUCUACUACCCAGAAUGCCUCACCGGGCCCCGCGGGGCCGCCCACGCCCGACUGUGACUACAUCUCUCCGGCCACGGUGGGGCGGUUUGCUGGGAAGCCAUGGUACUAUGGCAAGGUGACGCGUCAUCAGGCAGAGGUGGCUCUCAACCAGAGAGGAGUGGAAGGAGACUUCCUCAUCAGAGACUCGGAGUCAUCGCCCAAUGAUUUCUCCAUCUCUCUGAAGGCCCAGGGGAAGAACAAGCAUUUCAAGGUUCAGUUGAAGGAUGGUUUGUACUGCAUUGGCCAGAGGAAGUUCAGUUCUCUGGAGGACUUGGUGGAUCACUACAAGAAGGCUCCCAUCUUCACCAGCGAGCAGGGAGACAAGCUCUACCUGGUUAAGGCCCUGGCUGCCUCUUGAUCACACACUCUUAAACACACUCACACACAGAGGGAAACAAACAGUACAUACACUCACCGAGACUUCACAUCGCUAGGACUACUUAUGUGCCAGGAGCUGUGUGCAAGAAGAAGGGGAGGAUGAGAGAGAGAAGAAGGAGUGGAGGGGAAAGAACAUUCUGGAUUCUGUCAGACCUGUAGGUGGACCAUGUGUCUAGGUCAUUAUGCCAUCUACUAAAUCUAUACUGAACAAAAAUAUAAACGCAACAUGUAAAGUGUUGAUGAGCUGAAAUAAAAGAUCACCUAAAAAAUAUUCCGUUCGCACAAAAUGCUUAUUUCUCUCAAUGUUGGUGCACAUCCCUGUUAGUGAGCAUUUCGUUGCCCAGAUAAUCUAUCCACCUGACAGGUGUGGUAUAUCAAGAAGCAUGGCCUUACACAGGUGCACCUUGUGCUGGGGACAAUAAAAGGUCACUCUAAAAUGUGCAGUUUUGUCAAACAACACAAUGCCACAGAUGUCUCAAGUUGUAAGGGUGCGUGGCAUGCCGACUGCAGGAAUAUCCACCAGAGCCGUUGUGAGAGAGUUUCUACCAAAUCCACCUCCAAUGUAGUUUUAGAGUGUAACCACACUAGUAGCCCACAUCCGGUGUCUCCGCCCUGUGCCCCGGCCCGUAGCCCACAUCCGGUGUCUCCGCCCUGUGCCCCGGCCCGUAGCCCACAUCCGGUAUCUCCACCCAUGGCUGUGCCCCGGCCCGUAGCCCACAUCCGGUGUCUCCGCCCAUGGCUGUGCCCCGGCCCGUAGCCCACAUCCGGUAUCUCCACCCAUAGCUAUGCCCCGGCCCGUAGCCCACAUCCGGUGUCUCCACCCAUGGCUAUGCCCCGGCCCACUCCGGCCAAAUCAUGUGAAAUCCAUAGAUUCGGGCCUCAAUAAUAUUUUUCCAAUUGGCUUGAUUUUAUCAUAAACUGUAACUCAGUAAAAUCUUUGAAAUUGUUGCAUGUUGCGUUUUAAUAUUUUUUCCAGUAUACGUUUAGUUGUGAAUAAUAUAUAUAUAGUUUUAUUUUUUAAAAUGUGAUGUUUUUUUUAUUCAACCCAAACAUACCCAAUAACGACCAGUCACCAGCGAGCAAUGUUUUGUAUUGGGGGGGGGUGCAGUCAACA